UAAGCCAUCCAUGGAUGGAGUGCAAGUUCAACACUGAAAAUAUGAAGGAUAAGGAGUUUAAAUCUUACUGUGUUUUCAAAGGUGAUCCUAUUUUUGACUUAAUAAGAAGCAAUAUUUUCAACGAAAUGAACAGCCAUGAAGUUGGCACUAAGGGGAAAAAGAAUACAAUUCUAGGAAAGAAAGAUCAAACCCAAGGCGAUCAAAUCUUUUCAGAGAUGCUUACUUUUGACAAUAUAGAUUUCACAAUGAGGUAUUUAAACUCUACUCUGAACAUCAACCAGAUGAAUAUUACAGAGGGAAGUAUAGUCUUAUGCCCUUUCAACACUUCCCAAGAUAGAGGUAGGCAAAAGACUUUGUUUGGGCGUGCUCCUAUUUAUAAGAAGAAAGAAGACGUUAUCUUCUUCGAGCCUCGCGUUCGUCAAAUAGAUAUUCAAUAUGAGUUUGAUAAUAAUCCUCGGUUUGACGAUGGAGUGUUUGUUUCAACCAUAAAAUCUUCGAAGAGUAAGAGUCGGAGCAGAAUGUCUACUCAAAAAUCAAGGACAAGAACUUUCACAUCCAAAAAUGAUAGUAGCAAACCGAAUACCUCUUUCUAUUUGAAUGAAGAUGACUUUCAAGCGGUUGACAAAAAUACUAAGUUUCUUGCAAUGUUUGGAGAGAAAGGAAUUCAAGAAAUUAGCCUGGCUGAUAAUCAGAAGAUAAAACUUGACUAUAACUUAGUAUAUGCAUGCAGGAGGUUUGGGUAUCCUUAUGUCUACACUCUGAAAUGCAUGGUAACUAAGGAUAUCAAUUACUGCACUGCCUUUUUGAAGCUUGUAAGGCAGAAUAGUUAA